AUGGAUGCAGCGGUCGAGAUUAGGUGGGCGGCCAGGCCUGAGACCUGCAGCACGGAGACGCGCGGCAUCGCGCGCGCGCUGCUGCUCGCGCACACACGCGUCGGGCGCCGUGGUUCACGCGACCGGCCGCCUCUCGGCUCGAGGCCUCGUGCCCGGUAUGCACCUGCGGCCGGCGACGGCUCCCUCGAUUCGGCGCUGCUGCCUGCCACUCCGGGACACUCUCCCUCGAACAGCCCUCCGCUCACGUUUGACCCACAUCUGGCCGCCACCACCACGCCAUCUCUGGGCAGUGGCGGUUCAUCGUCGCAGCACCAGGGCUGCAAGAUGCCGGACUCACCUCAGGACAUCAAACCUCUAAGCCCGACGCAAUUACCUAAAGUCUCCUCAAUGCAAGGCGUCAACGGAACUCAUUCUCCUCCUUGCAACGCGGGCAACCCGGUGCCCGUGUGCGCGAAUCCCGUGGCGGUGCGGUCCUUGUCACCGCCAUCAGACUCAAACCACGGGUCCGGUUCUACCGGCGUGUCCUCUUCGACCGCCGCAUCGAAUGUGUCCGCUAGCUCGGCCAACAUCGCUUCGGUCAGCGGCCUCGUGGAGGCGCCAACCGGAGUCGUGCUCGGAGCACGGCAGCUGAGCAAAGUGAAAAGGUUUCUGACCACUCUGCAACAGUUUGCAAGCGACGUUUCGCCAGACGUCGGAGAGCGGGUUCACGGCCUCAUUCUGGGACUUGUGAGCUCCACGAUAUCCAUCGAAGACUUCCAUCACAGCAUUCAAGACAUCACGAAUUACCCGUUGCGUCCCUUCGUGGUUCCAUUCCUCAAGUCGCACCUGCCAUUGCUGCAGACCGAACUGGUGCACUACGCGCGAGCCGCCAAGCAGAGCCCCGCUCAGUACUUGCGGCAGCACGAGCAGUUGGUGCUGGACCAGCCGGGCGGGGAACCGUUCGAGAUCUUUCAGCCGGACGCCAAGGAAGGCGCCCCCCUCAAGCGGAGGACGCCCCCGGACGGUCGGCCGAAGGAGAACGGCCACGCUGCGUCAGCCGUCGGUGCCGCGGUGGUGUUGGAAGAAGGCGGCCCGCCGGUGGCCAAGCGACACCAGCCCCUCUCGGCGAGUCCCGGAACGGCGAGGCUCAGCCCCGGAGUCGGAGCGCACGCCGCCCAUCCGCCUCCCGCGGCCUUCCGUUUUGAGGAAGCAUCGACGCCGCUAUUCCGGGACCGCUACGAUCGCUACGAUCGCCUUGACAGGGACUUCUACAGGCCUUGCUAUGGAAUGCUGCAUAGGGAUUACCCCGAGGAUCGGGACAUGGAGGACGAAUGGAAGAACAUCAACACUGUGAGUACUUUGUUCUACAACCUAUUCAACUUUCAGAAGCUUCAGAGGGCGCUGUCGACUCUCCAAGUCUCGGUAAAAGGCAUCCAUGGGUGGGAAAACACCACUCGCAUGGCGCACUACAAAUCAGCCGCUGAGAUAGACAGGGUCUCCGAGGUCCGGCGUCGCGCAGAAGAGGCCGUAAACGAGGUCAAGCGACAGGCCGUGGCCGAGCUCCAAAAAGCUGUGUCGGCCGCCGAAUCCAAAGCCAGCGAGCUAGUGGCAGCCGAGCGCACCAAGAUGGAGCGGCUGCUGGGCGAGGCGCGACGCCAGGCCGCCGAGGAGGCACUGGCUGCCGUAAACCAUCAGGAGGAUUCGACCGAGCAGAACUGCUGGAACUGUGGACGCAAGGCGAACGAGACGUGCAGCGGCUGCAAUGUGGCGCGCUACUGCGGCGCCUUCUGCCAGCACAAGGACUGGGAGAACCACCACCGCGUGUGCGGCCAGCCGUCCUCCAGCCCCAGCAGCAGCGGCGGAGGCCCCAUCGGCAAGCGCAGCCCCACGCCGCCCCGCAGGCUAGAAGGCAAGGUGGAUUCACGCCACUAACUGCGCUGAUGCCAUCAUCACCAUCUCGAGCUCCGGCCGCCGACCACAGGGUGCGCCAGCGACAUUCUCCUGAGAUGUGCAUGUGCUGCGCGUGCAUAAAUGCUCCACAGUGGACAAGUUGCUGUGGAAGGGCACAUCGUCCAACUGAGUGGUCUGCGUUUGUUCACGGCCCGGUAGUAGCUACGUUCGACAUAUCUACGGCUCCUGUGAACUCAGGAAAGACCUUAGCGGUGCUCGCACGCUGGCAACCCCUGCAGAAAGUUCGUGAUUACGUCUUUGUUUCAGAGGUUAAGGACGGUCCUGUUCUUGUUCGCAUCAUUAUAGGACGCAACUCAUCAUAUUCCUCGCUUUGCAAGAGUGCUACGAACUCAAAGCACCGCGGAGACUCUUGUUGCCUGGCGUCCGCGCUUCUGUUGAGGAAUAUGCAGUACAACGCUGCAUUACGUCUGCUGAAUCUCACUUUUUGUGGGCUCGUGUUCUCAAAUGCCCGCUAGUGUAUGUUCACCGCUAGUGUAUGUUACUUUUGUCAGAAAGGUUUUUUUUGCUUUUUUUUUAACCAAACCAGUAUAUAGCUUAUGCGGAAUGUAACUGAGAUCGUGUCUGCUGGGACGCAGAUAGCGUUUGCUGCAAGACAUGAUAUUCAUUUGAGAAAAACCAGCUUGCUUCGUGUACCGCUUCGAAGUUGACUUUCUGUCAACCUGCUGCACCACCCUCCACCAUUAGCCAGGCAGUGAAAUUACAGAAACCAUGUGGCUGUGUUGCCUGUGUAGCAGUCAGAUUUCUGAAGUGAUGUUGUGAAUGUAUCAAGCGUGCUAGCUCGCACACGCACACAUUCACACAUGCGCUUGCCUAGCGUUGCCACUUGAAACGCUGAAUAAUUAGAGGUGGAAGAUUGCCGGUUGUUUGUCUCUUGUUUUGUGUGUCACUUCCCAUGGCAACAACCAUGCAUCAUGAACUGUAAAGACACUAUAGCAAGCGAAAAUUUGUUGAAGCGAGAGAAAUCGUUCGUUCUCUGUUACCAUUCCGAUAAGGGCUCGUCCAUGCUUCACACCGCUUUCCCAUUUGCACCUUCCGUACACGCACUCUUCGUCGCACUGUGAAAGCGGUGACCAGUAAGGCUGCUGACAACAGAGAUGCCGUGCUCUUGUUCCCGGUGGUUCAUGCAAAGUACACUGCAUUCACUAUUUUCACCUGCUUGCAGUGAUAGGCUGGCAAAUAGACGAUCUAUUGUGAACGCCCGAAUGAGAGGAAAUGAGACUAGUCUCAUUGGUGUUUGUGAGCAUGUUGGAAUUAAUCUACGUCACCGUCAAUGAAACAAUGUGGGAGCUAGUCAAAUUACAGCCAUGAUUGUUUCUUCAAAAAGUCGUGUUGCCCUUCUUCAUCUCUGUACCAACUCCAUCUAAAGUUAUUACAUUUUCGUGUCGCAUUUUUUUUCAUCUGUUACUAAUUCUUGCUGCGUAUUUGUCGUCUGUCCGUGUAGCUCUUUUUGAAUUCAUUUUCGUUUUAUGAAAGCAGGAUUCCAUUUCUUGUUUGCACAAGAGAUACUUCCGACAAUAUUUUGAUUCGGUGUCAUGAGUUUCGAUGUGGUGCAACACAAAGCUGGUGUAAUCGUGUCCUUUCAUAUACAUAGCUUAUACCUGGGCAGGAUACAAGCACUUUCUGUGUGCGUGUGUGUUUCAUUUCCCGCUUACACCUCAAUCUAGACCUCGAAUGCACGAAUCGUGGUAACGGGAAGGAUCAUUACUAGUGCUGGUACUAGAGAAGAAAGCACUGGCUCUAUUGCCAGUUUGGUCAGUUCCCUCCAACUUACGAAGCGCAUGGAUGCUGUCUACAAGUGCGCCGCUUCUUUAAAGCUAUAUUUCAGUUAAUCUAGUCAAGGCAACUAUAAAUUUUGAGACGUUGUUUUGUGCUUGACACACUACAACUUCGAACAUGUUGCUUUAAACUUUCUAGAUGGAUACUUUUUUUUCGGUCUUUCGAAAGUUUACUUGUAAUCAGGAAUACAUAUCGUGACGAAAUACUAUCGCCUAGGAAAUGGCAGGAUUACGAUUGAUGUCCGUUGGAAUUAUUUUCAUCGACGCUUUGUUCCGGUGUAUGUGUAUGUGCGUGUGUAUUCUAGUCGGUCUGGUUAAUACGGAAACGUUGCCAUAGGACUUUGGAUUGUUUUAUUACGAUGUAUGAGCAACGUUGCAAGUUCCUGCACCAUCACUAGUGUAUGUUAUCACCGUGGGAAAUAAUUCGCGCUUUUUUUUUCAAUGUGGAGAGAAAUUUACCGGCCUGAUGGCUAAUUUCACUGCUUGGGUGUUUUCUGUCUUUUUCCUCUCUCUCUCUCUCAUUACUAUUGCCAUCUUUCAAAUCGGGAAUGAAUAUGCUAGGACGAUACGGACGCUUAGCAAUUUUAAAUCUUCCGUGUCAUUUAUUGAAAUUAGGUUGGUGGUUUCCGGCACUGCAUUCACUUCAGAAUGCAUUCAACGCAAGCAGCAAAGCGUGCACGCUUUCCCGGUACUUCUCUGACAGGAGGAAGCCGAUGUCGAAUGCUCCUUCGCGAAUGCAACUACUCUAGUUCCAAAGUGGAGAUGCCGGUAGAUGGCGGCAUACUUUAAAUAUAAUGGGGAUCAACCACAUGUAAAUGUGUCGUGGCAGGACGCAUAUGAGAGUGUGCUAGUGAUGGAGCCCAUAUCUCACAAUGAGACGCAUGGCUGAAAACUUCUACGUCGGGUAGCUUGUAUUCCUAUUGCGAUGUGAAUUUGCCGUUAUAUCACUGUAACCAGUUCCACUCCCACAAAAACAUCUGUCAAAGUGCGCCUAUUUGGAGUGGAGCUCCCCAUAGUAUUUUCCCGUUCUAAUGUGUUCGUAAUAAUUGCUAGGCUAUGCAUAAGAAAAAAACGUAUUGUCACAUAGGCACCUGUUGUAUCAACCGCCUAAUAUAAUUAGAAUUAAAAAUUAUGCAAGCCAGUGCUGUUAGGUGCUGCUUCCCCUAAAAAUCUUGUGUACAAUCAAGCUUUACUAAAUCUGACUUAUACGCAGUGUUUGUUUCACGCGAUGUUUCAGCUUUUUUUAGCAAGAAGAAGAAAACUAUGAUAUUACUUGGAACGUUUGUCGUCCCGGUUGGUAUUCUAAUUUAUAUUUCACGUGAUAAUCCAGUUCCAGGUAUUCGCGUUUCGUGCAAAUGAACACACAACAUAACAUCCGUCGAAAAAUUAACUGGGUAAGGCAAGUAGUACCUCGUCUUGUUCUACAUCUAUUCCUCUUAAGUGGAUCUUAUGUAGAUGGGGCUGUAUGAUGGAGGUUAACGAGUAAUUCUCGCUGAUGGCUUUAAUGCCCUGCACGACGUGCCGAAAGUUCCGUAAGCUGGUCGCCGUGCUGACGAAUCUCCUGACACCACCACACGAGGUCCUAAAGAGCUUCAAAUGCAACGCGGUCGUUAAUUCAAAGCAUGUCGGGUGCCAGCACAAAUUACCUGUAAAGGCUAAUUAACGCAGUGCAUUAGCCUACGUCUACGGGAGCGCCUUAGCGCGCCAUCUUCAUCUUCAUAUAUGAAGCACGCACUUCAUCGAUUACGUGCCACCUCUUUUGCUGCUGCUGAAUGUACUCUGGAGGACGUCAGUUGGAGGAUAAUUUUCACGACGGAUGUGGAACGCUGUAUCUGCAAUAUAAUCUUUUUGGAACCCGGAGAUCUGAUGUAAAAAAAAAGAACAAGAAAGAAAUACGCAGCCACCCACAAAAGCUCCCAACACAGUGGUUUCAUAAAUAAGGCCGACACGUAUUUGUUUAACCACAGUGCGGCCCUAUAUACGGGAAGCCGCUUGCUGGAAAGAUGGCAAACUUGAAACUUUUUUUCCCUUGCGAUUCGCAUUUCUGAACGUGGUGUGUGGUGCGGGGAACAUGCGAUUGCUUGAGAUUAUGAACGCUGCACUUCGCGCGUGGCCGUAUAUUAUGCUUUUUUUCUUUUUAUUCCCUUGUUUAUUUAGUGCUGCUCCAACGUGAUAUGUUUUGCCACGUGAGCUAACGCUUGGACGCCGCUGUUUGCCAUCGACGGUGUGUAAUUGAGUGUUUGGCCAUUCUCCGAUUUGAGAAAGGAGUGGAAUGUGCGCGAGUCUCACCGGUACAUUAAAUAGCUGUUUUCAGAGUUGUUUGUACAGAAACAUAUAGGAAGCAUGAGAUGUGCGCGCAUUACGACCCAUUCAAAGCCCGUUCCCCAGAGACCGCGACAAGUGCACGGCACGCCGGCGAUAAGCAGCCGCCGUGUUGAACGGUGAGGCCGUGAAAUCGCGCUGCUCUGCACCAGGUGCCGGAGCUCAUCGACUGGUGUUACCGUAAAAGAGGCGUGCCCCGAAACUUUAACAUGCCUCUGUGCACUUGGUAACACAGGACGAAACACUGUAGUCCGAUUAAGCGCCAAAGCAUGCCAGUCAAGGCCCCACAGGUUUAGAACUCCCGGUUGCUGGCGAAGUGCCGAAGAUCAUAUUGCUUCGUCAGCGAAGACGUGCUGUCGUCGCCACCGGCUCACUUUGGCUUCGCUCGAGGCUCGACAUUUUAAGUGCGUUGUUAUGCGGUGCGGAUGACGGGGACUAUGAGUCAGAGUACGAGUACAGCGUGUCUCCCUGAGUGCCUGCGUAUCCCUUUUCCUUGUGAAUCGAAAAAAAGUAUUUCGCUUCCACGUACACGAGAAGAGCGCCUGAGGUCUCGAGAAGAAGACGGGCACGCGCGUCCACGUGGUAUGCCUAAUAUAUAGAUACACUGAUAGAUACGAAGCUCGUGCUGGCACUUCGCGAUGGUCGCUACCCUUUAUCCAGUAGUUGUUAACGUGUGCCCUAGAUGAUGUUCUUUUUGCUUCUAUUUAGGAAUCAAAGAGUCUCAUUGCGCAUACGUCGCGAAGCCCAUCAUGCGGCAGCUGCAAGCAUUGUACCCAACUUCGUUGUAAAAAAUAAAUAAAAUAAAUAUUGACGUCGUCAUAUAGCUAUUAUCGCCGUCCUCUUUCCUUUUUUGAGGUCGCGCCUAGAAGUUUCAUUGCACAAAAAAAAACCUUAUUUUUUUUUUCGCCUUGCUCGGACAGGCCGCUUUUCUUUUGUUUCAGGAUACGUGGCUCACGUGAACCACAUGCAUAGUCGGGAACCACGAUUUCUUUCGAAAUGAAUGACAUCUGCUCGGGGCUGACUGAGAACAUCGUAACGCAGACCGAGAGACGACGCGCAUCCUGUGUACCCACGCAUGCGCUUUAUAUUCACAGCGUAUACUGAAGUGAUGCCACAACUAGCUAUAGAGUAUUUAAAAAAAACAAAGGCGGUAAUUAAGCUAGACUGCUACCACUUCAUUCACGCUUCAUCCUGCACUUGGACACACUUUUUUUUUCCUUUUUCACAGCCCCCAUUUCGGAGUGUGCUUCAUUCGAACGUGUCGCUUGCUGCAGAUUCUACGCUUCCGCCUCGACCACGCUUUACAAUGUCGCACGCAUGGCUUUAGUCAAGUAAAAUUUUUGUUUUAUAGCGCGUGGCUACAUAUUCUAGUCGCUUUAUGCGGAUUCUUUUCAGCACAGCCAUUGUGCUUGACCUGCUGAGAGAUUCCGCUAAACCUUUUUAUGUUAUUCCCCUCUUCAGUCACUGAUAUGCUCACUUUGAGACCAAGAUUGCUCGACUGUUCGAGCUGCAGCUGUGCGGGCUUACGCUUUCGUUUCUCAAAAAAGCGUAUACACUGCACUGCUUUAAAGCCAUGCCUUGGCUGUCGUCGUUGUGAUGGAAUCGUUUUACUUGCGUGCGCCUAACCGGACGCGGAUGUACAAUGCACCGGUGGAGCCACUGAAUCUCUACAUCAGGAGAUCCCCAAGCGCGUCACCACGGGCGUCUUACAUCGGCGUUAGCAAUGGCGCUCAAAACUAGCUAAGCGGUGAUUUCUUCUUUCUUUUCCACUAGUCACCUGCCCCAAAAUGUCGCUCGGCUGCCGCAUGCGUCGAUGAAAGCAGCGAAGUGCGCCCCGACAUCUAGUCACGUCUGGUCGCCUCCGAAUCAAAACUGACAAACCGCUCUGCCGCUCACGAAAGCUCUUAGAGUGCGUCUGGAGGUAAGCACAGUGUGAAUGGAGCGUGCAAAAAAAUAGUUAGUGCGUACCAAACUUGCAGCGGUUCAAGAUUCCCUGAAGCAUGACCAAGAGUGCGUCUGAAGUUGGAGAAUAUACCAUGGCCGAAACGUUGGCAAGACGGAAAAUGCGUAUGCCGGCCCGACUACCACGUACAAUUUCUGUUUGCAUCAAAAUUCCACCUUAACGCAAAAAAAAAACUAUGCGCAUGUAUCUGGUGACUUGGCUAGUGAAAUUUGGCGGAGAUGCGGCCCUGUCCAUACGCGUUGCCUGGUCUCUCAACCACCAUCGGCAUUAAUUUUUUUUAACAUCGUUUGCACAUGGAAUUAUAUGUUUUAUUAUUAUAAAACUAACCAACUUUAUUGAAGCGUUGAUGACUCUGUCCAAAUAGCUACCUCAUUUUCGGGGCUGCACAUUUAGACUAGCUUCGCAAUCAACUCGCAUCGCAGAACAUUUCAAAUGCGUUAAGGUGUAGGUAAAACGCAGCUUAAGUAAUUCCUCGCGUGGCGCAUGUGUGCUCCAGUAAGCUGCAAGUAUUGAUAUAACAGAAUAAAAGAAAAAAAAAGAACACUGCCGCAAGAAUCUCUCUAGGUUUGGGGUUUCAUCUCGAGGUCUAGCUGCACUGCGACUUGAGUUUCUUGAGCACUGCUAGAAUAUUAUGAUUGAUGUAACAACGCAAGUAUGGUGGCGCUAGUUUGUUUUCAAGUUUCCUGUUCCCAGUUCAGUCACUUGGCCCAAGCAUUUUCUCUUAGCUCCUCGGCUCGCUUUUUAGAGUAUAUAAAUUGUGUCAUUGAUGAUGCUUGUAUGCCUAUAGUAUAUGUGUGAUGCGUUGAUGAUUGCCUUGUUUUACCUAGAGUCGUUGAUGUGUUGUCCUACUCGGGAGCCCCGUUCGGGCGAUGUUAUUCCCGAAGUGACCAUUGUAGCGAAAAAAAAAAGCGCGGAGAACAGCCUUCAGAGUGCAUCGUGGUGCAUUUGCCCUGGUAUACCUCAUGGCGAACUGAAAGAACGUUCUCCGAGUCCGUGAAUCAUAGUGCCACAUUUUUCGAGUCUCCGAGUGCCACGCCGCGUGGCCUCUGUAGAACGCACCUGUACAUUUCGUUCUGUUUCCCUCGCGCAGUCUACCUCGAGAGUGUCUCUUGGUGCUGUAUGACUGACGUGUCCUCUGCUGAAACCUCUGCUACCCUGUGUUUCUCCUCCCCGCCUACUUUUUUUUUCCUUGCCAGUUGCCCAUUCAUUGACUUGUUCUAUUGAGAUCGUCCACGUGUGAAUUUUUCGCAUACACGAUGUAAACAAAGAAGUAUGUUCGACAUUCAUUCACCUAACCCGGGCAGGCAUCGCCCCUGUGACGCCGGCUGGGCGCUAUGAAUGUGUAAAAUACGGCAUACGUAAAAUCGCCAUUGUUGCAGUGGCAUCAGAAGCCUCACAGAAGGUGUCUGACGUUGUGUUGAAGCCGUGUACAUGUGGCAACUCUAAUUUAAAUGAAUAAACGCUUCUACUGUGCCCUGGCUCUUCCG